AUGGCUUAUAAGUUGCUAAAGGUCACAGCGUUCGCUGUGCUCACCAUAACAUUUGCCAAGAAUUCGACAGCGAAAACGAAACCGAAACGACAGUUAGACAAUAUAAGAACACCCCAAAACCUUCAAUAUUCUCUCGUUCUACCACAUUCUAGAGUUGCCCAUUUUCGAGCACUACCAAGCAAUAGAAGAAUUUCAAAUGUAGCUCCGAAACCAGGAAAACUUCCGCCAUAUGCAGUACAGAUGGAACCGGUUGUGCAAUAUUCACAAAAAGAUCCGUUAUACGACCCAACCCAUGAUCAUUUGGAGAAUGGAGUUAACAAAAACGUAGUAUUUGCUCAACCAAAGAUUCUUAACGUUCACGAUCAAGAGCCCGAAGCCUCAUUUGGACCACCUUACGGUUCUCUGCCGACCGCACCCCUCUACAGUGAAGACUACCAGCCACAAUACUAUGAUGCUCCAGAGCCUAUAAUAGAGAUUAUUAUAAAAGAAUCCAAUGAAACUUUGCCGGCACCACCUCCCCAGCUUGUACAGAAAAAGAAAAAAGAACCCGUUCAGGUAUUUUAUGUUAAAUAUAGCAAAGAUCCUCAUUCCAAGGACAAAGUUAUAUAUGAAAAGCCAAUCCCUGCGAUAACACCCCCUUCAAAUGAUGAAGAGGAUCAUCAUGAAGAAUAUGUAACUGUCACUCCACAACCUAACUACGCACCUACACAAACGACAACUCUAAGAGCUAUUAUUAAGCCAGAGUCUGAGAUAUACCACAGUGAUAGCAAUGUGAAGAUAACUUUUGGUAAUGACCAUCAUCAUCACAGUAAUAGGAGAGAGGAGAGGCCACAAGGUGAGGAUCGUGAAGAAACUGCUCCAAGACCAGCAAUCGCUUUGCCCAACCAACCUCAAAAUGUUCCAUUGGAAAGAUCGGUUCCACAAAGAUCUCUGUAUGACCAUGAGUCUAAACAAACUAGCCAAGCAGGACAACAAGUUUAUUUAUCUGCACAACAAGCUCAGAGCCGUAUACAAUUCCAACAACCCUUUAUAAGUCACGAACCCCAAUUACCGAGACAAGGACCAACAAAUGUUCCUUUUAGAGCUCAAGUAUCCCGUCAAAAUCCUUUCGGUCCUUCUCCGUCAUUGAGUCCAUCACACCAACCCUUUGCAAAUCCUUCCCCUAGUCCAAGUAAUCAAUUUAAUAACGUUGCCCCGACCUUACCUGGGCCAGUCCUUCCAUUUGCAAGACCGAGCAAUUUACCUCAAUAUCACGUUCGACCUAGUAAUGGCCCAUCUUUCGGUUCAAGACAACAUCCCAAUGGACCCCCUAGAGCGAGUUUCCAUUCUGGACCUCAAAGACCGUUCCACCAACAACAACAUCAGGCAUAUUUCGAUGAAGCAAAGUAUCUACAAGAAAAUUACCAUACAAUAACUACAGACCAGGUAGAUCCACCAAAACCGCAACCGCAACCACAACCAAACAGACAAAUUCAAAACUUUAACUCUAAUCCUAGGCCAACGUCAAAUCCGCCUCUCGUUUACUUCCCUGAUCAUCAAGGUCGUCCUCAUCAACUUAUUCCUUACAAUCAACAACUACCACAGCAAAGGCCACCCCAAGUUUUUGAUUCAAAUAAAAACAAAGCCUCUUUUGCUAUAACUCCUAGUAGAUCUCCGUUCUUUAAUCUGAAACCAUCACCGCCUCGUGUAGAAGAAAAUCGCACGCCAUUCCAGAGACAGCCUGCUUCACAUUCCCAACAACAGAUUAACUAUUCCCAGGGCUUGCAAUCCCUUUCAAAGCCAUCCGUUCAACUAUCGUACCAAGAAAACAGUAACACACAAAAUUCAUUUUCAAGUAUUUUAUCACCUUCGCCUUCACCGAUUCCUCAAAAUCAAUUUCUCCCACAACCCUCGCCAACUUCCAUAUUUAACUACCAACAACAACCAUCUUCAAUCCCCAAUCACGGUAUUGUAGCGUCUGAACGUCCAAGCCAAUUCAACAAUUUCCAACAGACCCAAAACCUUGAACAUCAACAAAAUAUUAACCAAUUUGCUCCAAAAGGGAGUGAACUUGUAGCAGCAAUUCCUAAGUAUGAACAACAUUUCACUGUUAACGACGCCAACGGGCAACAAAAUUAUAAAGGCUUGAUCAAUCUAAAUCAGCCAUCCUCAACAGUGAGUCCAUCAAAUAAUAAACAACAACAUCAAGAUCAACAAGCACAAAAACAAUUUGAUAUUGAACAGGAACAAGUAAGAGCACAAUUAGCACAAAACGUACGAAAGCAACAAGAAGAAAUUCAACGACUUCAAUCACAACUACAAUUCGCUCAACAACAGCAUCAGCAACAACAGCACCAUCAUCAUCAACAACAGCAACACCAGCAACAACAACAUCAACAGCAACAACAUCAGCAACAACAACAGCAACAACAACAACAACAGCAGCAUCAGCAACAACAACAACAUCAAGAACAACAUCAACAACAACAGUACCAACAACAAAAUUACAAUCAAUUCCAACAAAGUACGCCAGCUUCACAGUACGUAGACGAGAGAUCGCGAUCUCAAAAUAUUUACGUAACCAGUUCCCCUUCGCCACAGUAUUAUCAAUCAACUUCUAGAACCGUUGAAAUCAAACCAACAACACAAAAAUACGCGUCAUCCAGUGCUAGUUCUGUUAGUAGCACGCCGGCACCACAACAGACAGAAAACAAGAAAAGACCAGCUAUAGAAUUACCAGAUGAAGUUCCAGACGACUUACGUCAGCAAUUGCUUUCUUCGGGCAUUUUAGAUAAUGCUGACAUUAGUGUUCUGGAUUAUGACAAAGUAGGCGACACACCUUUAGAGUCAUUGCCCCCGGAUCAACUAGCAAACUUUUUUAGUGCAGGUGGAGCCCAACAAAUAGCUGCAAGUGAACAUAGGCCAAUCAUUGUAAGUCCAAAUGGUGAAAACAUUAAAUCAAGAAUAGAUGAAAUCAUAGAUGAUGACGAUCAAGAAAUUGCGGCCUCUGAAAAUGUUCCUAGCUAUGUGGCACCUUCCCAAAAACAGGCCGUGGAAAUGAAAGUUGUACAUUUCGAUCCCGAAACUCCUGAAGGUCAAAAGAUUGCCAAGGAUCUUGUCAAAGAAGAUGCUACUCAACUUGAUCCCGUAGCACUAAAUGAUAAAAAAUAUAAUAGGUACUUACCUUUGAAAGUAAGUGGUAAUAAAUUCCCCUUGCCUGAUGUAUUAAAAGGAAGAAAAAUUACUUCUGUUGUCGUAUUAGCACCUGUUGAAACAGAGACUUUGGGCAGCGAACACGAACGAGCUGAGAGGUCGGCCACAGACAAUUUGCGAGGAAUAAAAUUUGUUGCUGGAGACAGUCUACAAAAUUUAUUGAAAAAACCAACCGAAGACAAUUUUAAGAAAUGGCUGGAUAAAGAAAAGAAAACCGCAACCGACCAACAAUCUGUCAUUCUUCUUGUAACCGGAAACGAGGAGCCCUCUGAAGAUCGUGAAAUUUUCAUGUAUGACAUCACAUCAGGUAGCGUAAGCAAAUUAAGUGGAGACUUAUCCAACGCUUUCGUCGAAGCUGCUGAAAACAAUUCAUUGAGCAAAGAUAUUGAACAAUUAGCCAUUGAAGGAGAAGGUACUCCAGAAAAUUUCAACAAAGAAAACAACGAUGAACCAAUUGCAGAAGGAUCUGAAAACGUGCCAUUAUUUAUAGAUAUAUCCGGGGUCAAGUUAAAUGACAAAGAUAACAAUAAAGUAUUGAUUUCAUCUGGUUAUAGUAAAACAAAAAAAGGCAGAGCUAUAAGGAAACAUUAG